AUGUGGUUUUCCUUCUGGAGAUCCAGAGAUCGUUUUACCUUGGAUAAUCUCAGGUACUUAACUGAUCAAUUGACAAAAGUUCAAAUAGUUAACGAGGUUAAUAAGGAUUUUGUUAUCGAGGCACUGAGAUCUAUUGCAGAGUUGAUUACAUAUGGCGACCAACAUGACCCAAGUUUUUUUGAAUUCUUCAUGGAAAAGCAAGUUGUGGGAGAGUUUGUCCGUGUUCUUAAACUUAGCAGAAGUGUUAGUAUUCCACUUCAGUUACUACAAACAGUGAGCAUUAUGAUCCAGAACCUAAGAAGUGAACAUGCUAUAUAUUAUAUGUUUAGUAAUGAACAUAUGAACUACCUAAUUACAUAUUCAUUUGAUUUUCGGAACGAAGAGCUAUUGUCAUACUACAUAUCCUUUUUAAGAGCAAUAAGCGGAAAAUUGAACAAGAAUACAAUUUCUCUGCUUGUGAAGACUCACAAUGAAGAAGUAGUUUCAUUUCCACUGUAUGUUGAGGCAAUACGCUUUGCCUUUCAUGAGGAGAACAUGGUUCGCACUGCUGUCCGUACUGUUACCCUUAAUGUUUAUCAUGUUGGGGAUGAAUGUGUUAAUAGAUAUAUAACAAGCGCACCUCACACCGAAUACUUCUCAAACCUGGUUUCAUUUUUUAGGAAUCAAUGUAUGGAUUUAAAUAGACUGGUCUCUGAGACACUGAAAAAUCCAGGUUCAGAUUCAACCUCUGCAAUUAUUGCUGCUGUAGAUGAAAUUGAGGAUAACCUGUAUUACUUUAGCGAUGUUAUCUCGGCUGGCAUUCCUGAUGUUGGGAGGCUAAUAACAGACAGCAUUUUGAUGCUUCUGAUUUUUCCAUUACUUCUUCCUUCCCUAAGAAUAGUGGAGACUAAUGUAUGGAACUUCACUUUAUUGCUUUCUAUGUUUACUUUGGGCAACAUUUGCAUACGUUGA